AUGUCUGACUCACCAAUAUUUCGAGCUCGAUCAUCCGUAUGUUUGCCUAGAUCUCGUUCAGUGGAACGUUUUGGUGAUGUAGCUACAUUGACAAGAGUGAGCUCGGUACCAAAUUUACAAGUUAUACAUGUCGGUGAUCGCUACCAACCAUCAACUUUAUUCAAAUAUCGACGCGAUUGGGAUUUGUUAGAUGAUUAUUGGCACGAUAAGAUAUUCUUUGAAACGCCGGUCUAUUGGCAAGAUUAUAGAUUCGCAGCAAGAAGGUAUAUCAAUACCGAUCCGAUCCCACAAAGCCUUGGCUUUGAAUAUCCAGCUUUUUGGUCACGUUAUAAGUGGUAUACCGAUUGGUUAAAUCCGACAUAUUGGAGACGCUAUCGUGAUCCGAAUUAUGAUCGACCAUUAUGGAAUAAUUGGCAACCUUGGCAUUUAGAUCGCAUAAAUGUUAAACGUGCUAUACGAAUGUUUCGAGAAGGACUAAUUAGUUUUAAAACACUCGACAAAAGUUGGAUAGAACCAGCAGCGCUUGGAAGAAAAGGAAAAGAUUGGGCCGACAUCUAUCUCCCAGCAGGUCAGGAAGCCAUAGAAUAG